UCAAACGCGGAUAUCACAUCACACGCGCACUUACACAUCCACAUACACACAGACGCGUGCUCUCACACGUACGAACACUGACGCGAAAAUUGGCUUUUGACGAGCUUACUUGUGUGCUGCAAGCUUUCCGUUUUAUUGUUUUUGCAAUAUUCAUUGACACAGGGUGCUGUAGAUACUAUGUCGUCCGACAAUGCUGUCGGCGGUGGCCAGUCAAACCCAGAAAUGGUCAGGGGACAAAUAUUUGAUGUGGGUCCUAGGUACACAAACUUGUCCUAUAUUGGUGAAGGAGCUUAUGGAAUGGUUGUGUCGGCUUUUGACAAUGAAACCAACUGUAAAGUAGCCAUAAAAAAAAUUUCGCCAUUUGAACAUCAAACAUAUUGUCAAAGAACUUUGCGAGAAAUAAAAAUAUUAACUAGAUUUAAACACGAAAAUAUAAUUGAUAUAAGAAAUAUAUUACGAGCAGAGACUAUUGAACAAAUGAAAGAUGUAUAUAUUGUUCAAUGUUUGAUGGAGACUGAUUUGUAUAAACUAUUAAAAACUCAGAGACUGAGCAAUGAUCACAUUUGUUAUUUCCUCUAUCAAAUUCUACGAGGUCUAAAAUAUAUACAUUCAGCAAAUGUACUUCAUCGUGAUCUCAAACCUAGUAAUUUGCUUCUUAACACAACGUGUGAUCUCAAAAUUUGUGAUUUUGGUCUUGCUAGAGUUGCAGAUCCUGAUCAUGAUCACACAGGAUUUCUUACUGAAUAUGUAGCCACAAGGUGGUAUCGUGCUCCUGAAAUUAUGUUGAAUUCAAAAGGAUACACAAAAUCAAUUGAUAUGUGGUCAGUUGGUUGUAUUUUAGCUGAAAUGUUAUCUAACAGACCAAUAUUUCCUGGUAAACAUUACCUAGAUCAAUUAAACCAUAUAUUGGGAAUACUUGGUUCUCCAACUGCAGUAGAUUUGUUGUGUAUUAUUAAUGAUAAAGCUCGGAGUUAUUUACAAUCCUUGCCUUACAAACCAAAAAUAGCGUUUUCAAAACUUUAUCCUUCAGCUGAUCCUAAAGCAUUGGAUUUAUUAGAUAAAAUGCUUACAUUUAAUCCUCAUAAUAGAAUCACAGUUGAAGAGGCUUUAGCUCAUCCGUAUCUUGAACAGUAUUAUGACCCUGCUGAUGAGCCUGUUGCAGAAGAACCAUUCAGAUUCGUUACAGAGUUAGAUGACCUUCCCAGAGAAACAUUAAAACAAAUGAUUUUUGCUGAAACUGUGAAUUUCAAACAAAAUGUGUAAGCAAAAUAUGGAUACUUCAGGCUUAUGAUUUCCUUACAUUAUUUGGACUCUAAUUCUUCUAAAUAUUUGAACAUAAUAUUGCAUUUUGAUAAUUGAUACAUUUCUUGCUUCUUUAUUAUUUUUUAUUUACUAUAUGUCUAUAUAAUAAUCCUACCCUUAAGUCUAUAAUAUUCAUAUUAGUAUUAAGUAUGACUUUUAAAUUAGUUAAAUUAUAUGUAUUACUAUUAUUAUAAAUCGAGUAUUUAAUUUAUAUUAUUUGAUUUUAUUAAAUUUGUUGUUGCAUAAUUAGAUAUUAGUCCUAUAAAGUAUUUACCCUUUAGCAUAGUAUUUUCCUUUUGAAUCACAACUUUAAAUAUUGUUAGUUUAUUAUCAUUUAAUGUUACUAAUAUGAUAAUUUAAAGGCAAUCACUACAUUAUGAUCUAAAAUAUUUAGUUAGAAUUAAAUUAGUGUAAAUUUCUUAUCCCCAUCCGGCCAUUUCCCAAAUUCCCUGUCGUUUGUGAUAAUAUUCAUGGUACUUAUACAAUAUAUUUAUUUAUAUAUUUUAUUAGAUGUUGUUUAGAAAUAAAGUUGAUGUAAACAUUGUUGGA